AUGUACAAAGAGAGUGCUGCACCAAGACUCCAAGCGAGAUUAACUUUUGGAUCAUCAAGCCUUGCACCUCCUCCGGAAUUGCCCAGGCUUGCCCAGACAGGCCCAGCCCCCAGCCUGCCGGCACCUCAGAUCACCCUGAUACAUAAAUACGGCCAAUCUUCGGCUUAUCCAAAUCAGUACAAUCAUUAUCCCAUCUGCAGCAUCACCAGAGUAAGCAAAGCUCAGCUGGGCCCAAGGAGCGCGACCGUCAACCUCGCCCACAACACCCUCUCCUCCGAGCUCGACGCAAGUGCUUAUGUUGCCUUGCCUACUCUGCGAUCACUAUUUUCGUUCUUGUACACUUUGACGCUGUCCUUAAUUCCUGAACAAGUCCUUGGGUUCAGAUUAUAA